GGACUACGACUCCCGCCAGGCUCCGCGGCGCAGCGCAUGAGCCCCGCUCGGCUCUGGCGCGUCUAUUAUGCUGCCGGGGCCGGCGAGCCAAAGAGGAGCCGGCCGCGCGGGCCGGGAGGGGACGGCCGCCGGAGCCGCCGAGGCCAAGUGCUGCCUGGUGGGGCCUGGAAAUGGGAUGUCGCGCCUCCGUGGGGAGGACGCGAGGGCCGCCCUGAGCCGCUGCUGCGACGGCCAGUGAGCACGCCCCCAGACGAUGUCCACCACGGCGACGGCCGCCCCCACGGGGAUGCCGGUGGCCACAGGCCCCGUGAACCCGCCCCCGCCCGAGGUCGCCAAUCCCGCCAAGCCCGGCCGCAAGACCAACCAGCUGCAGUACAUGCAGAACGUGGUGGUGAAGACGCUGUGGAAGCACCAGUUCGCCUGGCCCUUCUACCAGCCCGUGGACGCCAUCAAGCUGAACCUGCCCGAUUAUCAUAAAAUAAUAAAAAACCCGAUGGACAUGGGGACUAUCAAGAAGAGACUAGAAAACAAUUAUUAUUGGAGUGCAAGCGAGUGUAUGCAGGACUUCAACACCAUGUUUACAAAUUGUUACAUUUAUAACAAGCCCACAGAUGACAUAGUGCUAAUGGCCCAAGCCUUAGAGAAAAUUUUUCUGCAGAAAGUGGCCCAGAUGCCCCAGGAGGAAGUUGAAUUAUUACCCCCUGCUCCGAAGGGCAAAGGCCGGAAACCGGCUGCAGGAGCCCAGAGUGCAGGUUCGCAGCAAGUGGCGGCCGUGUCCUCUGUCUCCCCGGCGACCCCCUUUCAGAGCGUCCCCCCCACUGUCUCCCAGACGCCCGUCAUUGCUGCCACCCCUGUGCCAACUAUCACCGCAAACGUCACUUCAGUCCCUGUCCCCCCAACUGCUGCCCCACCGCCUCCGGCGACACCCAUCAUCCCCGUGGUCCCUCCCACGCCUCCCGUCAUCAAGAAAAAGGGCGUGAAGCGGAAAGCAGACACGACCACGCCCACGACAUCCGCCAUCACCGCCAGCCGGAGCGAGUCGCCCCCGCCGCUGUCGGACCCCAAGCAGGCCAAGGUGGUGGCCCGGCGGGAGAGUGGCGGCCGGCCCAUCAAGCCGCCCCGGAAGGACCUGGAGGACGGCGAGGUGCCCCAGCACGCGGGCAAGAAGGGGCGGCUGUCGGAGCACCUGCGGCACUGCGACAGCAUCCUCAAGGAGCUGCUGUCCAAGAAGCACGCGGCCUACGCCUGGCCCUUCUACAAGCCCGUGGACGCCGAGGCGCUGGAGCUGCACGACUACCACGACAUCAUCAAGCACCCGAUGGACCUCAGCACCGUGAAGAAGAAGAUGGACAGCCGCGAGUACCCGGACGCACAGGGCUUUGCGGCCGACAUCCGGUUAAUGUUCUCCAACUGUUACAAGUACAACCCGCCCGACCAUGAGGUGGUGGCCAUGGCCAGGAAGCUGCAGGACGUGUUUGAGAUGCGGUUUGCCAAGAUGCCGGACGAGCCGGCAGAGGCGCCCGCGCUGCCGGCCCCCGCAGUCCCGGUGGUGAGCAAGGGCACGGAGAGCAGCCGCAGCAGCGAGGAGAGCUCCUCCGACUCGGCCAGCUCGGACUCGGAGGAGGAGCGGGCCACGCGGCUGGCGGAGCUGCAGGAGCAGCUGAAGGCCGUGCACGAGCAGCUGGCCGCCCUGUCUCAGGCCCCCGUGAACAAGCCAAAGAGGAAGAAGGAGAAGAAGGAGAAGGAGAAGAGGAAAAAGGACAAGGACAAGGAGCGGCACAAGGCCAGGUCCGAGGACGAGAAGAAGGCCAAGGCCGCCCCUCCCUCCAAGCAGACCCAGCAGAAGAAGCCUCCCACCAAGAAGGCCAACAGCACAACCGUGGCCAGCAGACAGCCGAAGAAGGGCGGCAAGCAGGCGUCGGCCUCCUACGACUCGGAGGAGGAGGAGGAGGGCCUGCCCAUGAGCUACGACGAGAAGCGCCAGCUGAGCCUGGACAUCAACCGGCUGCCGGGGGAGAAGCUGGGCCGCGUGGUGCACAUCAUCCAGUCGCGGGAGCCCUCGCUCAGGGACUCCAACCCCGACGAGAUCGAGAUCGACUUCGAGACCCUGAAGCCCACCACGCUCCGGGAGCUGGAGCGAUACGUCAAGUCCUGUUUACAGAAGAAGCAGAGGAAGCCGCUCUCCACCAGCGGGAAGAAGCAGGCGGCCAAGUCGAAGGAGGAGUUAGCUCAGGAAAAGAAGAAGGAGCUGGAGAAGCGGCUGCAGGACGUCAGCGGGCAGCUGAGCAGCAGGAAGCCCACCAAGAAAGAGAAAUCGGGCGCCACGCUCCCCGGAGGGCCCUCCCGGCUCAGCAGCAGCAGCUCCUCGGAGUCGGCGAGCAGCAGCUCCAGCGGGUCCAGCUCGGACAGCAGCGACUCGGAGUGAGGCGGCCGGGCCUGGCCACUCAGCCCGCGGCCGCCGCCCGCCGCCACGCCGCCCGCCGCAGUGCCCCCCCUACAGUCAAUAUACUCCUUCCGUUCACGCUG